AACUACCCAAGUAACACAGGUUGUCUCCAUUUUCUAGGAGAAAAGCAUCCAAUAGUCACGAUUCAUGACAUUAAUCCUAGACCAAUUGAAUAACAAUCCCCAAAUUAGUGCACAGAUUUUGAAACCUAGAAAUCCGAGGAUUGAUACACUAGUGGAAAUAGGACAUUUGCUGACGGCAACAUCACUGACGGGAAAAUCCCGUCAGAGAUGUUUAUAUCGCUGACGGGAAUUACCGUCAGUGAUGUUGCCGUCACAAUUUCUUAGUUGCCGUCAGCGAUGUAAACAUCGCUGACGGGAUAUGAACAUCGCUGACGGGUAACCCGUCAGCGAUGUUGUUCCAAAAAUUUCGCUGGCGAAAUUUUCCCCCUCCCCUCGUUAAAAAUUUCCCGCCUUUCCCAAAUCUCCCUCUCCUCCCAAAUCGCUACCCAACCCCCCAAAUCUCCCUCCCCUCGAUGACGCAAUUUUCCCCCCUUCUGUUUUCCUCAAACACGCUCAAAAUUUUCCAAACCCCGCUUCUGUUUUCCCCGUCGACAUCGCAAAAACUCGGCUCCAGCUCCAUGGCGGAUCCCGUCGUUGGGUAUGAGCAGCUCAGGAGCGUUGCUUGGGAUUCUGUGAUCGAGAAGGCGGUCGCUGGUGGAGCUUCUAGGGUUUUUGCUCAGAUUUUUCCCCCUCAUGUAUUUGAUGGCAGCAAGGUGGUGAGGCUCGGGAUCGUACAGGUGCUGACGGUGAUCUCGCAGAAGCAGAAGCCGGGUAACUUCUUGAUGACUAAUGCAACAUGGAUCUUUUAUGAGGCUUCCUAGAGAUUGCCAGGAACUUGCUGUCUGUUCCCUUUAUUACAUGUCGAGCUUGAGCAACUACUAGAUCGAACACUCAUUGGCACAUGAAUAUAUAACUAAAAUUUCUCUUGUUACGUAUGACCAGUCUUGUUACGUGUAUAAGCCACUGCCUAAAGCUUCUUUUCAAAUUUCUGUC